GUUCACAUUCAAGAUGGCGGCCCACAUUGACUUCGAUGACUCGGCUCCUUUCGAACCUUCUUUGAGGAAUAUUAUCGACCAGACGUCACUAAAAUGGGUAUUUGUUGGAGGCAAAGGAGGAGUUGGGAAAACUACGUGCAGUUGCAGUCUUGCCAUUCAGCUGUCAUUGCAUCGUCAAUCAGUCCUCAUCAUCUCUACAGACCCUGCCCACAACAUCUCUGAUGCCUUUGAUCAGAAGUUCUCUAAGGUACCAUCCUUGGUCUGCGGUUACAGCAACCUCUUUGCCAUGGAGAUUGAUCCCAACUUGGGCAUGAGUGAGCUGCCUGAUGACUAUUUUGGUGAUGACAGUCCUUGGGCUGUUGGUAAACAGUUGAUGCAGGAACUCAUGGGAGCAUUCCCGGGUAUCGACGAGGCAGUCAGCUUUGCUGAAGUCAUGAAGAUGCCAGCCAGGUUAAUUGAUUCCAACUGUCCAACUUGCCUCUUGCAGGAUAAGACAACAUUUGUAUGUGUCUGUAUCGCUGAGUUCCUCUCACUGUACGAGACAGAGAGGCUGGUGCAAGAGUUGGCUAAGAACAACAUUGAUACUCACAACAUCAUUGUGAAUCAACUCUUAGUACCUGAGGAGGCAGGAAAGAUAGAGUCCUCAGUCUGUAAGAUGUGUGCAGCAAGGAUCAAGAUGCAGAAUAAAUAUCUAGAUCAGAUUGAAGAUCUCUACGAAGAUUUUCACAUCACAAAACUGGCGUUAUUGGAGUACGAAGUACGAGGCCAAGAGAAGGUGGCGGCAUUUUCAAAGAAUCUGAUGGAGCCUUAUCCUUGUUUUGUAAAGAAUACUGAAGCUAGUAACACAUGAUGGACAUUAAAGGGAGGCAUUAUUGCCUGAUGGAAUGGGGGGGUAGUUUUAUGACUGGCAUUAUUCCUUGUACCAUUAUCCUGUCUAAAGACACCAGUGACCACUGAUUGCUUCUUUACCAAACUUUGCAGAUAAAAUACAUAUGUUGCAAAGCACAAUAGGCCAUGCUGUAUUCAUUAUCUGUUUACAUUCCUUAUCCAAGAUUUGUAAAAAAGGUGUUGAAUCAAGAGUCAUCUGGUAAGCAAAAUACAUCCAACCAGAGCUUGAGGAAAUUGCAGGUCACUGGUACCUUCAAUAGGGUGACUGGUGCCCUUAAGCAGGGUGACUGGUGCCCUGAAAUAGGGUAACUGGUGCCCUCAAAAUAGAGUAACUGGUGCCCUUUAAUAGGUACCCUCAAGUAGGGUGAUGGGUACAACUGAACACCUCACUGGCUCUGUGAGGACAUUGAGAAUAGUUCCAUUCUGUGGCUGAGUAGGUUAGACUGGUUCCUACCCAGCAUUUCAAUGCUUAGAUUAUAACGGAAGGUUCAGGAACCAUCUUACCUCAUUCCAUACUCGUUAGGCUGUGUCCGUAUUACUUGCAGCAGUAACUGAAGCAUCUGUAAGAACUGAACUUACAGUUAGCUGGAAGAUUGCAACUGGCAAAGUGCACACAUUAUCUGCAGCCACAGCCAACCAGCUACAUGUACAUGUUUAACAUUGGACCUAACCUCAGGCUGAAUAUACUAAUCCCUGUUAAUCCCUGACCACUGCAGGCAAAGGAAUAACAACAAUCCUGAACUAGUAAAAAGCCGUGUCUGAAUGACUGGGCUGUGGCUAGCAAUAGUCUAUGAGUAAUGGCAGCAGUCGGUAAAUUGGCUUCCACAGCCACUAUAGCUGCUUCCAGAAUCAACCUAAGAGUCCUUUACAUGUUCACACAGUUGAGAUUCAGAGCAUCCUCUCCAAUGAAGACAGAGUGCAGUGGUUUUUGUAGUCUUUGUAAUCAUAUUGUCCUUACUACCUCUAUACUCUAUUGAUUACGUAACAUAUUUAAGCUAGCAUUUAAAAUCCUAUAAUUCAAGCCAAGUAUACAACAAAAAACACCAUUGGUGUGAUUUUUCUGGUAGUUUUGUUCCACAUACACAGUCAUUUAAAAUCUCUUCUUUGAAAAUGGUCAAAAAGUAAUAUUUUACUCUUAGUUUGUCUCUAGUGAAAGUUAUGUGUUGCUUUCUGCUGUCAUUUUUCAUUAGACAACUGCCCAAUGAAAUUUGUGGAUUUUUGUAGGAAUAUGAAUGAAAUGUGUUCAGUAAAUUAAAAAUAAAAUUUAUGAUAUCCUUUGUGAAAUUUUUUGUGUAUUGGUAGAGACUUUGUUGAAUUGUUGAAUGGAGGGAUAAUAUGUUACUUGUAUCUGCUUUGGAAAGGUUUACAUGGUCAAAUUCUAUGAACAAACUAUUUUUAAUCCCAAAUAACCACCGUGUCGUCUUUAAGAGUUGGUGUGUUUUCACUUUUUCAGGAAAUCUAUUGUCAUUCAUCUUUACGGACUAGUAUGUCUGUGAAUUGAAUCCAAUUUGUAUUUCUUUUGACCGAAAGGAUAAUAACUCUAUUCGUCACUGUUCGAAUCUUAAUUACUGGGACAGCAAACAACAUGUUUGUCCCAAAGGGCUGAAGCAAAAGACCCGUUUUGCUAAUAAAUUGACGAGGAAAGGGA